CUGUAUGAAAUUGACACCAUGAACCUAGCCUCCUUACAUUUCAAUCUCAAAUAGCUGCUAAUAUUUAAUAUCUUCUACCUCCCUCGAACUUUGCCUUGUUGAUCAGCUGGCACUUGCUUUUGUCUAAUUCCUUUGUUACACUUGGCUUGAACCUGACUCGGAUCACAUUACGCGCCACUCAGCAGGCACGUUACUAACCCCUCAUCCAAUUCACUUCAUUGUUCGUAAGUUGAUAGACAGCACCGACUCAACAAUGGAGGAUCAACCUUCGUCAAAACCAAAUCCUCCUUAUUACGAUAUAGUAAUUGUGGGAGCCGGCCCAGUUGGCCUCACGCUGUCAACAUGUCUCGCGAGGCUUGGCUAUAAAAUCAAGCACAUUGAUAAUCGUGCUGAACCCACGCCUAAUGGACGAGCCGAUGGUAUUCAGCCCCGAUCUCUAGACUUCUUAAGGAAUAUGGGCUUGAAGUCGGCUAUCAUGAAGAACAAACCCGCCAGGGUCUACGAAGUAGCCUUCUGGGAUCCGGCCACGGCAGAGAAGGGCGUUAUUCGAACAGGAACCUGGGCUAGUUGCCCAGCUUUCAUCGAUGCGCGGUACCCCUUUACCACCCUCUUACACCAGGGCCUUAUAGAGCGCGCCUUCAUCUCGGAUUUAAAAGAGAACGGUGUUGAGAUUCAACGGCCGUGGAAGAUUGCUGGAUUUACGUCCGAUGAAAAAGUGAACUCUGAAUAUCCGGUUGAGGUCAACCUUGAGCACGUAGACGGUACGAACAGUGAGACAGUCCGCGCCAAAUAUCUGUUCAGUGGCGAGGGCGCCCGGUCAUUUGUACGAGAGCAACUAGGCAUCGGUAUUACACAUAAGGAUCCCAUAGCUCACGUAUGGGGAGUCAUGGACGGCGUGGUCAAGACAGAUUUCCCCGACAUCAGGAUGAAAUGCACAAUACAUUCAGAUCACGGAUCUAUCAUGGUGAUUCCUCGAGAGAACAACAUGGUCCGGCUGUACAUCCAGAUUGCUUCGUCCACAGACCCAGACUGGCACCCACGGAAGACUGCUACAACCGAACAAGUACAGGCCUCGGCAAAGAAGAUCCUACAGCCAUACUCCAUCGAGUGGGAGAGUGUUGAUUGGUACUCCGUGUAUCCAAUUGGCCAGGGUAUCUCUGACAGGUAUACUCUUGAUCACCGAGUGUUCCUUGGAGGGGAUGCUUGUCACACACAUAGCCCUAAAGCCGGUCAAGGUAUGAAUACGGCCUUCCUGGAUGCUCAGAACUUGGCUUGGAAGAUACACGCAGUUGAAUCCGGGUUCGCCGACCGAGCUCUUUUGAAAACAUAUGAGCCCGAGCGUAAGGAGGUGGCACAGAAUCUUCUCUCUUUCGACAACAAGUACGCCAAACUGUUCUCAGAGCGACGGCCGGCUGCUACAGAGGUCCAGGCAGCUUCGAAACACACGAAUGGCAGUUCCAACGACAAUGAGUUUAUUAAAACCUUCAAGGAGUCAUGCGAGUUCACGAGUGGUUAUGGAGUGGCAUACGGACCUAACGCCCUGAACUGGUCACCCGACCAUCCUGCCCAAUCGCAUCUUAUUCACCCCAAGGGCACCAAGCUGCGGACAGGGCGUCUAAUGGCGAACGCCGAUGUCACAAGGGUGGUCGACGCCAAUGUCGUGCAUCUAGAACAGGAGGUUCCCUGGAAUGGAUCGUUCCGCAUUUACAUUUUCGCCGGCAAGCCUUCAGUCACUGCUACGGCUCUUAAGGAUCUCGCUUCCCACCUGGGCGGGAAACGCUCUUUCUUCGGGUCAUAUCUGCGCCCGGAUAUCGAUUCCGUCUCGCACCUCGAGCGAUACAACCCGCACAGUCUAUUCUUCACCAUCUGCACUAUAUUCGCCGCCACACGUCCCGAAAUCGAGAUCUCGCGGGACCUCCCGGGACUGCUUGCCAGAUACCGCGAUCUCGUCUACGCAGAUGAUAGGUGGGACCGACGCGUGCCGGAAGCGAAAGCAGCGGCACAUGCCAAGAUGGGGGUCGACGAAGAGAAGGGUGGCGUCGUCGUGGUACGGCCCGAUGGUUACGUGGGUAUUGUGAUCAGUUUGGUGGAGGGUAGCGGGACCAUCGACGCGUUGAACGCGUACUUUAAUGCCUUCUGCGCGAAGAAGACAGGUGAUCGCCGAGCACAGUUGUGAGUGUGAUGGCAUUGCACUUUCAUCCCUUUCUUUUCUUUGUCCCCCUCUUAGAGGACAUACGGCACUUGCAUACACGGGGAUCUCAGUGUGUCGGAUUUUGUUCUAGAUAAGAGAUUAUUGCUA